AGGUCGCAGUAACAUCGGUGGCAUUGAGUUCACACAAUAUGAGGGAGCACAGCGGCAGCCAAAACCCAACUCUAGAUUUUCCAAAUUGGUGUGUUUGACUGUUUUGCACUCGCAUAAUGUAACAAUAAACGCUACAUUACAACCUACGCGCAUGGAAGCCAGAAGCUGGCUUUUAUUUUGACUGCAAGAAUGUGGUGCGGGGAGCCCUGACAAUACGCCGUUUAGCUUUCAAAUGGAAGAUUGGCUACUCCAGAUCAUUUCGGUGGAUAUGUUGCCGUUGUUUUUCUUACACAGACCCUGUCUAAUCGCAAUGGAUCUUCGGAUUUGGAUUCUUUUACCUCUUUCGUGUAUUGAGCUGUGAAAAGGAGACAGGCUACGCCGAUCGACCAGGAUACAACAUUCUCAGCCUACCUCGACAUUUUGCUACCAGGGAUUUAAAUAAUCACGUGCUACAACAACGGAAAGAUUUUGUUCUCUAUAAUCAGAAUUGAUGUGGCCGUCUGACCUUUAAUGAAUUCAAUCUGGAGGGCAAAAUGAGUAGGGAAAGGCCGAAGAGAAAUAUCAUUCAAAAGAAAUUUGAUGAUAACGAUGGGAUCCCAUGGUCGGAAGAGAGAGUGGUCCGCCGGGUGCUAUACCUCUCACUUAAGGAAUUUAAGACGGCUCAGAAGAGCAAAGUGGAGAAUGGCACUGGAAUAGUUAAUGGCUCCUUUGCAAAUGGUCAUUUAAACGGUUCGGGAGCUAAAGCUGGGCUGUUUGCUGGAAGCUGUAAGUCAGACCGGACACAACAUGCAGUUCAGAGCAAAGACUGCAGCCAUGAGUACUCAAUAGAGGGGCCUGUCAGGAAGAGGCCAAGACUGCAGGCUCAGAGGAAGUUUGCUCAGUCUCAUCCCUGUUCUCCCAAUGCCACCCCGCUGAAAAUGCUGGAGGCCAUGCCCCCGAGCCCAGCUAUGCUCAACCACCUCACGAGACGCAAACCCAAAACCGAAGACUUCCUUACCUUCCUCUGUUUAAGAGGCUCUCCUGCGUUGCCCAGCAACAUGACAUACUUUGGUAGUGCUAAAGAUGAUGAAGAUGUAGAUGAGGAAGAGGAUGAGGAAGAGGAAGAAGACAGUGCUAGCAAUGCCCCUGCUUCCUGCCAGUCCACUCCACGCAAGAGCAAAGGACCCAACAAAUGCAUCGCCAACGGUCACGUAUUUAAUGGACAGACACGAGCUACCGAGGAACACGAGAGCAGUUUGAGGGCCAGAGGGAGAGACGGGGUCCAUGGGAAGGAGAAGAACUCUGUAGCAUCAGCUAGAACCUCCACUACACACAAUCUACGACCCAACAGGGCUGUACAAGAACAAAAACAACAGCCCUCCAAAAUGAAUGGAACAUCGGGAGCAUCCACUGUCAGUUCUAGGAAGACGAGAGAACUUCGUACUCCCCCGACCAAAGCUGUGAAAUACCCCAAGGGCCACGUGACUUACACCAAAGCCAGACUGCUCAAAGAGGCCAAGCUCAGCUUGAGCACACACACGCGCCACACCCACACACACCCUCAGCACUCCAACUCAGGAAAAGCCCAAACCAGCCACGCCAAGAUGCAAAAACAGGUGCUAUCACCAGCAACCGCUGGGAGGCUGUGUGGAACGGACACUUUCCCACCCAGACGAAACGGACUGAGACAGUCAAAGAGGCAGCUGGAAUUAGCCGGGGUUAGUCUGACUGGAGCAGAGGUUGAGGUUAAGAGGGUCAAAGUGCAAGUGGUUCCUUUGGAGACUCGAAGUAGGAAAGCAGCUCAGGAGAUGCCGGUGAGAUCGCAAGUAGCAGGAUCGCAACGGCCCAAACGGGCCUCGGCGGGGAAGCUCAUGUUCACCAAACAGAUGCACUGUAAAGCCACCGUUCUGGCCAAGAACAGCCCCACUACCUCAACACGGGACAUUUUGAAACCAGCCAACUCCCCCAAAAUAUCAGAGACCCCCAAAACAAGCAAUUCUCAAAAACAAGGCAAUCCUUCUAACAUGACUGCGCCCCUUAACCAAGCUGAGCCUAAAGAGCGAGGACGGCGCAGCGCGGAGGUCACGGAGGUUCCCGUUUUCUAUCCCGGGACACGUGAGUUCCACGACCCGCUGACUUACAUGGAAUUUGUGCGUGGGCAAGCUGAGGCGUAUGGGUUGUACCGGGUUGUUCCACCGGCGGAUUGGCGUCCCGAGUGUAAGCUCAAAGAGGAGAUGCGCUUUGUCUCGUAUGUGCAGCACGUGCACAAGCUGGGCAGACGUUGGGGCCCGAAUGUACAGCGACAGGCCUGCAUCAGGAGACACCUGCGGACACAAGGCAUUAAUAUGGAAGAGCCUCCACUUAUAGGCGGCUGUGAGCUGGACCUGGCCAGAUUCUUCCAGAUCAUAAAUGAAAUGGGGGGAAUGCAGCAAGUGACAGACCUGAAGACGUGGGGCCGUCUCGCCGAUCUGCUGGGCAUCCCGCGCUCGGCUCAAGAUAGGCUGGCCAAGCUCCAGGAGGCGUACUGCCAGUACCUGCUCUCCUACGACUCCCUGUCCCCAGCCCAGAGGGCCCAGCUGGAGAAGGAAGUGCUGGCGGAGAAAGACGCCCUGGAGAGAAGAAGUGGGCCCCUAGAGGGCCAGGGAGACAUAUCCCAGCAUGCCGCUCUGCUGCUUCCACGCUGCGAGCCCAAAAAUGGGCUGGUGAACGGAGCAUUGCACCGAAGCGGAGCGCGUGAGCACCUCAGAGAGCUGGACCCCACGGCGAAGACCACCCGGCAGAGAAGACUGGAGAAGAGAGGGGAGGAAGAAGGGUUGAUUAACGAACAUCACAAGUGCAUAUACAGGGGAAAGUCGUUCUCGCUGACGACAUUCUACAGGGCAGCCAGGAAUACUAUGAACAUGUGCUUCAGCAAAGAGCCAGACACUGCUGAAGUUGAGAGGGAGUACUGGAGAUUGGUUGAGGAAAAGGAAUGCCAUGUUGCUGUGCACUGUGGGAGGGUUGACACAAAGACUCAUGGGAGUGGAUUUCCUGUGGGAAAGUCUGAGCCAUUUUCAAAGCAUGGAUGGAAUCUUACUGUCCUUCCCAAUAACUCAGGAUCCAUCUUACGCCAUCUUGGUGCUGUGCCAGGAGUGACCAUCCCCUGGCUGAACAUAGGCAUGGUCUUUUCUACCUCAUGCUGGUGUCGGGACCAGAACAGCCUUCCGUAUAUUGAUUACCUACACACUGGUGCUGACUGCAUUUGGUACUGUAUUCCAGCUGAAGAGAAAUCAAAACUUGACAAAGUAGUACACACACUGCUACAGGCCAACGGCACACCAGGGCUGGAGAUGCUAGAGAGGAACAUUAUGAUUUCUCCAGAGGUGCUCCGUCGAAAGGGGGUGAAAGUGUACCGGACUGUGCAACAGAGUGGUCAGUUCAUGGUAUGUUUCCCAGGGACCUUUGUGUCUAAGGUGUGUUGUGGCUACAGUGUCUCAGAGACAGUGCACUUCGGCAACCCCCAGUGGAUGAAACUGGGCUACGAGGCAGCUAAGGACCUUAAACGGCGUCGUAUAGAGGAGCCUUUCUCCACAGAGAAACUGCUCUACCAGAUCACUACAUGUGAGCGGGACAACAAGCAGCUGAUGAAUGCAGUCUCCAGUCUCAUCAAAGACCUCAGGGAUGUAGAGAUUAGCCAGCGCAGGGAUCUGUUUGAGGCCGGGCUCCGUCUGUCUGCACGCUACGGCACACACUGCGAGUCUCAAGCAGACAAGAAGAAGCAGCAACGCACGAGAUUUACAGAAGACACGGCUGACAGACGCUGCCAAGUGUGUCAGCAUCUGUGUUACCUCUCCAUGGUUGUUCACGAGAGUGACAAUGUGGUUUUCUGUCUGGAAUGUGCUCUUCGAUACAUCCAGAAGCGCAGGUCCCCCCGUGGCCUCAAGAUGAUGUUCCGUUACACUGAGGAGCAGAUCAACGGUCUGGUAAAUCGAGUGUGUGGCAGAGCAUUGGAGAAGGGUGGAGUGAAGCAGAAAGCUGUCGGCCCCAGCAAGACACCAGCAAAACGAAGCCCCAGAAACAAGAGCUCCGCCCUGGGCCCCCUCUCCAGCUCCGCCUCAAAGAACACCGGCCGCUCCUAACCAGACCAGAACAGACCAGACCAGACCGUCAGCGACAUUCCUCCGGGUCUCCUUUUAUAUCAGGUGUUCCUAAUACUUGUGUACAAACAACUCUUCAAUACUCUUUGUACCUAGUGUAUAAUAUAUCAAUACAACAAGCUGUUAUAUUGCACUUUUGUAUUACAGAUACGUGUAGUUACUGGCUGGUUAGUCCAAUAUAUUGAAUGUACGGAGGUUAAAUGUUACAUCGCAUUUCACGUAAAAUACAAGGGGGGGCGAAUACACAAUUGUUUGGGGGCACCUGACAUAAGGCUAUUGGGUCUCAUCCAACAAGCACGAAACCUUUUGCACUAGUAUUGAGAUUGGUUUUUAGAUGAGUAUUUUCGGGUUGUUUUAGCAUUAAAUCGAGUAUAGAUAUGCGUAUACAUAGAUAUAAAUAUAUCCUAUACUAUUCCUAUCAUUUGUGUUUAACUGGUGCUGUAGUGACACUUUUCUCCAUCACCCUUACGGCCUGUUUGUCUCUUGGGCUCACGUUUAUUACGUCUUAACGCUGUCAGGAACGAGCAAGAUUACAGCCCACAAGUCAAACGCUACAUGUAUUGUGGUUACUGGCAUUUCGGUUUUCCAGCUACAAAAAAAAGAAAAAGGAGCCGUGAACGUUUCUGACAGCACCGAUAAGAGAUCUCCUUUGGAGAUCCUCAAGGCCUUGUGUGAGUACACUAGGAACUCCCCACUUCGAAAAGCACAUUUUGAGGCCUUUUACUAAAAUCUUUGGAGUACAGAUAACAAGUUUGACGCCGAGGGCAAUUUGUACUUGUUUUUAAAGUUACUAUUUCAAUUGUAAAUGCACUUUCCCUUUUGUCCCCCUGACUUUAUAUUUGUAAUUGGUUACCAGUGUUUCUUGAAAAUUCUCCACUUGUUUUACCAUUAAGAGUUAAAUCUUUAAAUAUUCUUUCGUUUUCAUAGAAUAUUAUUGCAAAAUACUAAUAUCUGAGGAAAAAAGCCCCAAAAAUAUGUUUAUAUGCCAGUUUAAUUGAGCCUUUGAGUUCGGGUCUCUAGGGGUUUGGAUGAGAAAGUCGAGAUGAAGAAAAAGCCUUACUUCUACAUUGGUUUCUUCAUCGAUAUAAAUUAGAUGUUAACAGGGUUGCUACAAAAAACAUACAAAAAAAAUAAGUGCUGCUUAAAUCACUGAGAAGUAUGUCAUAGUGGUGAUCCCUAGUUUUUUAGCUUUACUUUUUUUAUUCGAAAGGAAAAAUCUUUUACCCAAAAGUAAACUAUGUAGUAGGCCUAGCUACCCAUUGCACUGACUGUAUCGAAGUCCUGUAAUCAAACACGGUAGUCGCCCCUUUCCAAAUGACUGACUUGUAUUUAAGGUUUAAAAAAACUGAACAGUGUUUCCAAAAUGUGGUUGUAUACUUUUUAUGGCCUUAAAAUGUUUUUUUUUUUUCUUUUGUUAUCCCUUCACCCUAUUUUAUACAGUAAUACUCCUGAUCCUUGUACUGUUUAUUUAUAUGCACUGUUACUCAGUCCUCCAGUCCAGUGGAGAUCUUUUUGGUUACUUUUUUUUUUUUCUUUUCAGGUUUGUAUAUUUUUUGUUUUAAUAAAUAAAUCACUUGUCAAUCCUUCCAAAAAUA